UGAACUUCAUCUCCCUCAAGCCAGGUCAGGCGGUGGAUUUCGGGGUCAAAACAAUGACAGUGUCUUCAUCUGGAGUCCAUCAGAAACCCACCUCUUCAGGAACCAGAGCUCCACCUCCAGAGGUCUUGACCGUCCCCCCUCCAGAGCUGGCCUCCAAACGUAUGGAUCUGGACAUUAUCUGUGUGGACGACGACGGCAUGGGGCCCCCCUGGUCGGAGACGGAGGGAGGGGGGGGGCAGUCGCUGGACGUGAUGAAGGAGGAGGAGUCGAGCAGCGAGUCGAGCAGCGAGACGAACAGCUCGUCAGACUUAGGAGAAUAUACGGACAGCGACGAAGAGACGAAGCCGAAACUCCAGCAAUCGCGCCACCUGCACAACGCGAGGGAGAAACAGCGUCGGAAGGGGUUGCAGACUAAGUUUAAUGCUCUGAGUCGAGAGUGUGGCCUGAAGGAAGACAAGAGUUCAAAAGUCUCCACACUGAACACGGCGAGUAAGUUGAUCAAGCAGCUGAGGCUGACUGAGACCGAUCUAGAGGAGAGGAAGAGGAUGCUGACGAAGCAAAGAGAUAACUUCAUCAAAUUCAUCGCUCCGACAACAGAGGAGAUUGAUCAGAUGAGCCGUAAAUAUAGAUCUCCAGAGUCGACAGAGAGCGACGUGGAGGAGGAACUGCUGGAGGUGGACGAAGUGACGGAAAACUCGUCAAACGAUGAGAUCCUCGUUACCAAGAAGAACAACGUGGAGGAAGGUGUUCAGAGUUUUGCCAUGGAGACGCUGGUGAAGAGGCGGCGGACGAGGAACAAGAGGAACUCAAAAAGCAGUUUGAGACAAAUGAAGCCGGUCGAUUUUCACAGCAACUCCCCCGCCUUCAAAGACCUGAGCUCCAUGGUGAAGUCCAAAGACUCUCCGAAGACUUUUAUGCUCAGAGAGGCUCAGCAGGAGAUCCUGAAUCUGCAGAACGAGACGGCGAGACUGAAGAGUCUGAAGAUCUGUCUGAACCAGAAGAGAGAGAACUUCAUCAAAAAGAUCAGAGAGAGAACAGGUAAAACUCAGCAGAGAGUCCAGGGGAGUCUGCAGCACCUGACGUCCAAACACACGACGAUUGAGGAGAAGAAGGGGCUCCCAACAGCCAAUCAGCUGUCAGCAGAGAGAGGGGGCGGGGCCUCAGACCCUCCAGCAUCGAGUGAUGACGACAUCAUAAUCACUUCCUCUUUCCCACUGAAAGAUCCUCCCCUUUCUGCUCCAAUCAGACAGCAGCUUCAGAGGGUCGUGCAGAUGCUGCCGCCCAUCAUGCCUCCUCCUGCUAUUUCCCACAAUGCAUCAGGUGAAAGCGACAGGCACAAGAUGGUUCCCAACAUCCUAUCUCCUCCUGCUGUAUCCCACAAUGCACCAGUGGAAAGGGACAGGCCCAAGACGGUUCCCAACAUCCUGUCUCGCACUAAGAAACCAGCUGUGUUGCCGUGCUAUCAGGCUAUGUUCCCAUUGGUCGGUUCUGCGUUGCCGGGGCAACAGUUUCUGACCUUCAGCCCAACGGUGCUGCAGACGUCUCCGUCACCAGGCGUGACAUCAAUCAUCAACAUCCCUGGUCAGGUGAUCCAUCUCCCCUCUCUGCCCCACCCCUCCACAGCUGGAGACUUAAACAACCUGCUUCAUUUGGUUCCACCAUCAACUGCAGAACACCAACAGAUACUACAACAAAUACAAGAACAAUCACAACAACAGCAACAGAUCCUACUACAACAAAUGCUACAACAACAACAAGAAGAACCACACGAAAAAACACAAACUCCACCACCUCCCCAGAAAGUGGCUGAAAUCCCCUCCUGAUCCCAGAUCCUCUCCGCCUCCACCCUCCAACCAGGGCCCGUCCUCCUCUCCCUGCCCAGGAAAGAGUGCUGAUCCUGGGGCUGAGGUCCUGGGAAUGAAGGGGUCUCUGGAGCAGCAGCAGAAAGACGAGGAGACAAAAGAUGACGAGGGUCUGAUGUCCCUCCUCAACGAGAUCGACUUCCUCAACCAGCGGACCGUCACCACAGCAUCAACAACAACCAGUGUCCUGUUACCGGGGUUGUCGUCAGGGGGCGGAGCCAAAGAGGAGAAAGCACCCGCCCUGAGCCCCUGGGCCCUAGAGCUGGACUCUGACUCUGAGGAGUCGACAACGACUGAAAACGCUAAAGGUGGAGGCCUGGCUCCGCCCCCUCUGCAGCAGAUGAAAGUGGGCGGGGCUGAGAAAGUAAUGGAACCCGCCAACAGCGAUGGGGAAGAAGAAGAAGAAGGAGAAGAAGAAGAAGAAGAAGAAGAAGGAGGAGAAGAAGGAGGAGGAGGAGGCGGAGGCGUAGCCUGGAGGCCGAUGCCAAGACUAGUUCCUCUGGGGCUGAGAGGAAACCCCCCCAGCUGAUGAUGUCACAGACUGAUGAUGAUGUCACAGCAAAGUUGGUCAUGGGUCGUCUGCAGGCUCCUCUGAUUGGCUGUUAGAGUACGGUUUAGUUUCAGCAACAGUAGAGUGGUGAAAUGAUGACGUUAGCAUUACAAGGGCUGCCUCGAAAGAAAAGCAAUAUUGCAGGAAAUAAGAUCUGUCGCUAACACAUGUUUAUGAAACGUACUCGUCUUGUUCAGCAGGAUAAUCUCCACAAACUAGCGUGAUGACGUUUAGACAUCUGAAAUUCACCAGUGGGGUAUUUACUGCGGUAUAUAGUCAUAAACCAGUGUGGAAAUCUGUUCAGCUUGUGUUAAGAAAAUACCUUAUUUCGUGCUUCUCAACAAAAACCUGUCUGAAAACCGUUGACUUCAAAAGGAGGUAGCCAGAUGUUGUAAAAAGGCUGACUCAUUUCCAGGGCUCAUUCCUUGUUAGUGUUCUAUGCAGCAGAAGCACCUGACACACCAGAGAGCCAAUCGGAAGCCUGGCCUCCUGUAACCUUGGCGGCGAUUCAGAACUUUUCACACGUCGUUAACAGACGAUCAGAUCUCAAUGUCACCAUAUUUAUGAAUGUAUCUCUUCACCUCCGUCCUCUUGCAUUUCAGUUGACGCUCUGACUGGCAACGCACGGCAACCUUUAGGAGAAAGGUUGCCGAGUCAUAGUUGCCAUGACAGUUACUCUUGUGUCAUCAUAGGAGAAAAAGUUGCUAUAAGACAUUUUGAGUCGUUCAAACUCGUGAGUGAUGUGUAUAACAGUUGCAGUAUUUUACUGAGCGCUAAGUUCAAUAAGUGGAAAUAUUUUGAGGAAAAUAUCAAUGUUAUCAGAAACUGUUUACGAUAGCACAGAAGGUGAAAAAAACAUAACAAUUAUGCUAUUUCUUCUUAAAAUAUUACAACUUUAUUCUGAAAUCUUGUUGUGUGUUACGAUAGUCAUUUAAUUGAAAGAUUGUCAAGACAUAUAUUUCAGUUUCUUUGAUCCGGUCAUGGUCCCAAGACAUUUCUUUUGAACAUAUAAACACAGGACCUGCUAUGGGAAUAUCCUAAAGGAAUUAAAAGAGUGACAUUUCUUUAUAUUUGAAGAAUAACAACACUAAGUCUGUUCACACAGCUGUACCUGCGCAGUGUUACCGGGACGAUUAAAGGACCAGGCUGGUGUUUUAUUGAACAUCAGCUUUGUUGUAUCUCGUUGUGUUUGUACAGUUGUUUCAUUUGUUUUGAAAUUUUUUAUUUUUGUACGUGUUGAAAAUAAACUUGGAUGUAAAUAUACGUUCUCCAUCGGAAGCGACUCGCAGCACAUGAUGCAUACUCUGAUAUACCCUAAAUAAAGUUUAAAUACGAA